AUGCUAGCCGGUCCACCCCGCACAAAACCCCAAGUUACGUCAAUGAGCGCAGCACGUGCACCCCGUUACCCUUGACAAACGAAGUAUAGUUCUCUAACCUAGAAAAUGGAUCGAUCAACAAUGACCCAGAAAGGUGAACCGUACAUCGGUAAAAAUCCAAGAAAGCUUCUCGAGCGAUGAACAAUCCGAAUGAACGCGUUUCCCGGUAACUAUUCGAGUUAAAUUGUCCAAUUUGAUUCGUAAUGUAAAAUUCUCCCUGGAAGCGUUGGCGUCAGCCGGAGUCAUCCUCGAGACGGCUUUGAACUUUCUUAGAACAUCAAUGACGAGCGUCUAAAAAGCUCGUCCCCCGGUGUUCGUUCAUCAAGCGUGCUUUACGUGCAGAUUUGGUGGGGGGUUGUCGGAGAGGUCGAGGAAGGAAGGGAAGAGUGCAGAGGCACACCGGUACUAUUCUCUAUGCCAUGGCCCGUAUGACGAAGCUGUUCAUGAUAAUGCGAUAGUGUUGGUCCGUGCUUAGCACUUGAUAAAAGAUAGCGGUGACUGAACAGAUGCCAGUACUCACCCGACCUGUCGGCUGACAGUCUCGCGUACUCGCCCCGGUGUGCGGAUGCAUCAAUCGUCUGCGGUGACUUUUUCCGACCGUCGAAAACCGUGAACGUCGAAACCACUCGUGAACAGAUCGUAAGUUCGUGCGAUGACAGGAUCGAGGAUCGUUUGAAGAUGUCGAGAGGAAACCACCUGCCAGAAAAUCAUUCGCCACAGAGUUUCAAACAGUUGACCAAACUGACUCGAGAGAACAGUCAACGGAAGAGAUUCCUGCGAUAGGAGUAUGAAGAUGGGUGUAAUACUCGAACCGUUUCAGUGAAAAGACACGAAAAGUCUCGAGAACUGAGAGAACCUGAAAAAGAACCUUUGCAGACUGAAAAUCUACUCGAAGAUCAUGAACACCAGGUCAUGAGUGAAGUAGCCAUUCAGCGCCAUUGAAGGGACUCGAAGAGCAAAAAAGAAGAACGAUCAUCGUGCAGACUCAAGACGUGAAUUGAAGUUCAACGAUCGUGGUUCAUCAGACUCAAUUGGAAGACCAAGAGACAGAUCCUUUGAUGGAAGAAUGAUAGGCCGGUGGAAUUCUUCGAAAGCCGAAGGCGUCCACCAGCUAAGCGCACGUACCGCAACGGCCUCGAAUCAUGCAUGAUGAGCGGUGCGACUAGGCUCGAUCAGGAUUGGAUGAGAAUGGUCGAGUUACGAGGUGGCACCGGAAUGACCAGCGGCCUGACUGGUCAAUCAUCGAGUCGUCUCCAUUACACGAUACUCACGAUUUUGGACACGGUAUUCUCGGCUACGGUGGCUGCUCCAGCAGUGGUCGGUUACUGGAGAGGAACAUGGGGCUUGAGCGACGUCUACGUCUAUCCCGAGGAUCCGGUGCUGAGUAGCCUGACCUCGAUUGUGAUCGGUUUCAUUGGCUUGUACGCGUUUAACGUGGUCCAACAUGUUCUCAACGAUUUACUGCACCCGGACAAGCACAGAUUGUCGUACUACGUCGGCUCCAGGUUGUACACAGCCGUUUUCGGAUUCUGCUGCGUAAAUGCAUGGCGCGGCGCAUGGCAAGCUUUGGACCUCUACACGGAACUCACAGCCGGCACCGUUUUCGCAACCACCGCCGUUAGUCUGCUGGCAUUGGCCAUCAUGCGAGCCGUCAGGAACAUUUCCGCACCACCCUUUACCGUUUGUCUGGACUCAUGUCCAGGGUACUUCGAAGUGCAGACCAUGUUCCGGGUGAACAACACGAGGGACUGGUCGUUGUACUUAUUGGAUUGUGCCUUCAGCGUUGGUGUCGUUGGUACUUUGGUCGUGUUCGUUUGGAGAGGUGUUUGGAUACUUUUCGAUCUCUACUUGUUCCCAGAAGAUCGAGAGUACUCCGCGAUCGGAUCUCUUGCCAUCGGAUACGUGAUAGUUACAGUGACGUUUUCCCUUCAGCCUUUGAUGAGAUACGUGUGUGCUCGUCUUCAAGGUCUGGCCCGGUUGGUCGCAGCAGAUUGUUUCCUCUUGCUGAGUUUUCUGGGCACGGUGAACGUGUGGCGGGGUAUCUGGAACGUGCUGGACCUUUGGCUGUUACCCGAGAAUCCAGAAUUGUCCUGCUGGAUCACACACGUCGGAUGCUUCGUUUUCCUCGUACUUCUCAAUUGUAGCAACUCCAUACUCGUGAGGGGCGUUUACAUCGAUGCCGAAGAGGACGACGGCAAAUGCGUCGCGUUUCCUUGCCAUUAUCUUCGAUUGUUCUUCAAGGUCGAACGCGAAAAGAAAGAAGCGAGACGACGAAAUCUGCUGGUAGCCUCGAAGGACUUCCGGCCACGAGCAGACGGAAAUGCCAAAGACGCUGAGAACGGAGCUCUUCUACCAAACAGCACCGCCACGACCAUCUUACCAACGAAUCCUGAAUCUCUCGUCUAAUUACGAACAUCGUGCAAGUUCGACUACAAUACUCUUCUGAUCAUCGUCGAUAGAUACUCCUCGAGUUUGUGCCAAAACCGGUGAUCGUGCAGUGACAUUCCAACAAUCGAACGCUUUACACGGUCUUUGUACCGAAGUUGUCGAAAAUAAGGCUGUAACGAACUACGAAAUAAGGUAAACGAUGAAAUAAACGAAAGAAAUAGCGCGAUAAGAGCAUACGAUCGACAGAUAGAUGAUGUAGGUAGACACGCAGAUAGACACUUAGAAAAUCGAUUAAGUUAGACGGACAAUUAGAGGAGUGGACACGAACAGGAUCGACGAAUAUUGAAAUUCAACGAAGGACUAAGUGAAUGGCUGUGAGUGAGGAUUGAUUAACACGUGUCUGUAUAUAGUAAACUGUAAUCAAUUGCACGUAAUUGAUGUUUCUUCUCUUUUUAUCGUGUGCGAGUGCGCGCGGCAAUAAGUGUAUCCACGUGGAUAAAAAGCAUCGUGUAGGAGCAGUUUACUCGUCAUCCUCGAAGACGCAGAUGCGUGUAAUGUAAGUUGUACAGUAUAUAUGACACUAGAGCACGCGUGUAUGAGACUGUCAAAAUUUGCGCACCAGAAUUAUUCGAAUAAUUUCAAUUCGAAUGUUGCGGUUCCAAUAUACAUGCGACCUCUUGCGAUUACGCGUUCAUUUAUAAUGAUUUGUGCCUUGACACUCAAGCAGUGAUAAGAUGUUGAAAAUACUACCGAACCGGAUAUUACAUUAACUCGAACGAUUCAUGUUGCUAGCGAAGUGUGGAAUGGAUUUCGUUGAGAUAUUUACUCGAUGAUUAAGUUGUUAAGAGGGUAUACCUACUUAGACCAAAAAGACACCAUACUUUCUUUUCGUGGAAAAUUUCAAUUACGUCUCUUAUUUUAUUUGUAUAUUAAUACUCUUUGGAAGAAAUUAUCAAGAAGUGAUUUCUGGGUAAUAUAUUAAAUUAUCUAGUCAGACUGAAUAAUUCAAAGUAGGUGCUCUCUUAAUUAACGAGCGAAGAAAAAGAAGUUCGUCAGCAAAUCCUGUAGGAUUUCUUUCUAGUCAUCAAAUGAUAAUCACCGCUUUCAAACGCGUCGAUAUCUGUCGAUCAAUCGAAUUUAUUUCAUUCUCUCUUUAUUGCCAUACACUUAUGAUUAUCGAAAAGUGUACACUUUGCGAUCCUAGAGUUAGAUGAGACCUUGAUGAUGACAAUGGUAAUAGACUGGACUCGAUCAUUAUAAAUGGGUUACAACCUUCUCCCCCGCAUCCUGUACACCCCGCAGUUUUUGCUCUUGUACAUCAAUUACGACGUCAUGGCGUACUAAUAAUUAAUUAACUGGAAUAAUGACGGGACAAUGGGCGACUGGCACAUCGAUGGGAAGUGGCUAGUUCGACGAUAAGCGGACUGCCCUCCUGGCCUACAUUUAAUAUUUUCACAAUGAACAAUACGAUGAGUCGUGCCGGAAGUUUUCCUACGAUGUCCCACAGAAAAACCGGUAUCGAUCGCGUCCGAUCGACAGAAACUAUCACCGCUCACGCUGCCUCUUCGUCGAAAUUCGUAUCGCGAACCAAGCGCACAAACUACUUUGCGUUCAAAAUCAUAAUGUAUAUUUAUAAGCAACUUUUAUCACGGGUUGAUUGAAAUAAAAAAUGAGAAAAUAAGAUGACGAAUGAAACAAGUAUUUGCAAGUUGUAUAAUAAAGAAGUUUUAUCUUUUUGAUCCGCUUCUAUGAAAUCAGCGAGGUUAAUGACUAGUAGACAUUUAGGAUACGAUACUUUUUCACACAACUGGUCUUGCAAUUUAGCACGGAACGCUACAAUACGCAAGUUCCCAUAAAGUUUCACUUCCACUACAAAAUUCGAUUGAACUUUAAAUACGUUCGGACAGUAUGUGAUUUCGAACGUCCAUCAACGAUCUCUUCGACAAGCGGAGGACGAUACAGCAGCGAUUCGAAGGGUAAUUAAAAAUAUAGAGAAGGGUCGAGCAAGGGAAUGCUCGAUGUUUGGAGGACGACAGUAAAGUAACACAGCCACCGAUCGAUCCUCGAUCGAUCUCGAUUGGAUUUUCCUCGACAGGGGUGGGGAGUCUAUUUGAGGCGUCGCGACGCCGUGGUGCAAUGAUCAGAAUCAGUCGGUAGGUCGCAUCACGGCGAAAGGUGAAUCGUGGCUGUCUGAGUAGGUGGAAUUGUAGCCAAGUAGCUCGGACACUACAUACUUGUAUGCUGAUCACGUACCGGGAACUUUUCGAACUUUCGCGAGUCGAAGUGAAAUUUUUCAAGUGAACCCUCUUUGUUUUCAUAGAAUGGCAGCGGACGACCCCCUCCGCAACGAACCUCUAGUUUCCGUUGAAUUCGAGGUCUUUGGCAAGGUGCAGGGUAAGACUUUUAUCGGUCAGAAGGUCGUUCAGUAUUCGAUUAACUAGAAACUUUAAACAAUUAAAACGUUCUAUGUAUCAGCAGGGACUGUAAUUAAUUUUUCGAGGUUCUACCUUACCAUUCACUAGUUCCUUUAGUAUGGAGUUUCUUAAUUCGAUUGUAGAAAAGUUGAGCUGAUAGUACUGGUAGCAAGUGUUUAUAAGUUAAAGAAUUAUAUAUAAAUGAGUCUAUCACACACUACUGCUGUAUUCGUCAAUAAUUGAGGACGUUUCAGCAAAAACAAUGCAGCAUGUUUGACAGUUUCUUCUAAACUAAAAAAUAAAAAUUUGCAAUCUCGAUAAACAUUACUUAUUAUGUGAAAUAUUGUUCAAUUAGUAUUUUCUUUUUAAGGACUUUUUUUAAACCCCUCAAAAUUGAUGCAUCUUUUUAGUUGCAAGGUCCUCGGUCUGACGUUGAUUAAUCGACUUAAUUGAAUGUUGAACACAU